GCUGGUCCCACUCGCCUCCUCUCUACGCUCCCCCGCUUUGCGCCAAUGAGGGCGGGCGCCGCUGGCGCUCCCAGCCUGCCCCGCGGGGCAACAUGGCGGCAGCCGCGGCGCUGCGUUCGGCGGCGGCCCGGGCCGGUCGCUGGGCCGCGGGAGCCGCCGCGGCGGGGCCGCUCCUGCCGGGCACAGAUGUAGCACGUGCUGCUGCCCUUCCAGCCCGUGUCCCGGUGAGCUGCGCCCCGCGGGUCACCGCGAUCCCAGCCCGUUGGAGCGGCAGCGGCUCCGCGCUGGGCAGCAUCCUGGGCAUUCCCAGCGAGAAGCCAAGUGACACCCUGGGCCAGCACCCGCCACCCGUUGCCACCAGCAAAGAGGAGCAGGAUCGGCUGUUACGGGGUCGGCCUGACCAGCCCCAUAACCCCAAGGUGUUAAGAAUCGCCAUCAUCGGCGCGCCCAAUGCGGGGAAGUCCACGCUCUCUAACCAGCUCUUGGGCAGAAAGGUUUUCCCUGUCUCUCAGAAAGUGCACACAACCCGGUGCAAAGCCCGAGGUGUCGUCACACACGAGGACACGCAGCUGAUCAUUCUGGAUACACCUGGCCUCACUAGUCCCUUUAAAGCCAAAAGACAUAAAUUAGAAGAAGCCAUGCUGACAGACCCGUGGGACAGCAUGAAACACGCAGAUUUAGUUCUGGUUUUGGUGGAUGUGUCGGAUCACUGGACGCGAAACUCUCUGAGCAAGGAGGUGCUGAAGUGUCUGUCUCAGUUUCCCCAAAUCCCCAGUGUCCUGGUUCUGAACAAGGUGGAUCUGCUAAAGAAUAAGUUCAUCCUGCUGGAACUAGUAACUGAGCUGACAGAGGGAAUUGUAAACGGAAAGAAACUGGAAGUGAGUUCUGCGUUUAAAGAUAAUUCCAGUUCUUCAGCAAAGUCUCCUGUGCAAAUCACUCAGACUUCUCCCCCUGAGAAGGGGGACAACACCUGGGACAACAGCAGUGAUGCGAGGGCUUCCGAGUCCCGUCUUGGGACAGAAGAAGCGCAACAGCCAAAGCACUAUGGACCCAGAGAUCUAAAAAACAUGAAAGGCUGGCCGUUCUUCCAGGAGAUCUUCAUGCUGGCAGCUCUCCAUGGGGAGGAGGUGGAUACGCUCAAGCGGUACCUCCUGCUGCAAGCCAAGCCAGGCGCCUGGGAGUUUCACAGCAGCGUCUUGACCAGCCAGUCGCCUCAAGAGAUCUGCAAUAACAUCAUCAGGGAGAAGAUCUUGGAGUACCUGCCCCUGGAAGUGCCCUACAGUGUGAUUCAGGUGACUGAGAUGUGGGAGGAAGGACCGAGCGGGGAGCUCCUCAUUGCGCAGAAGCUCUUAGUCCCAAGGAAGUCUCACAUGACGAUGUUGAUUGGGAGAGGAGGGAAGGUCAUCAGCAGGAUUGUCCAGGAGGCUGGCCAGGACCUGAUGAACGUUUUCCUGUGUGAUGUCCGCCUGAGGCUCCAGGUGGAGGUGAAGAGUUGAACUCUGUGUGUGUUGUAACUACCCUUGAGCUCUCUGGUCAUGUGGAGAAACUGCUCCUGUUGUCCCCCUGCGGGUAUCUUGGCACCUUUGUUCAGUCCAGAAACAAAGGAUGAUGGAGUUGAUGUAGCGGGCUGAAGUAGAAUAUAUUAUUCUUUGGGAAAAUGGCACAAACUGACUGUUGCAGCUGAAGAGAAGCCCAGAGUGGGAAUUUCAUCUCCAUACAUCACUGUGCUCAAGUGCUGGGAGCACAUUCUUGCCAGAAUUCUGGGUUAUAAAUGAACAUCCCAGAGCACAGUGGCCCCAAGCUGCUGCCCUGGCAGUUAGACGGGGAGAUCUGGUGGGGUCUGCUGGGGACUCUGCUCCUGCCUGGAGCCCAAACCCACCCAGCAAAUCCUCUGCCCACCGUCCCUCUCUGGUGCAACGUCGCAGAGAUGUUUUACCUGCCUGUGUCUGAGCUGCUGAAGGAUUCAACCCUCACGAAUGCAGGAUUCCCUGAAAUCAGGCUCAGAAGCCACGGAGCUGUGUGCUCUCCUGCUCUGUUUCCCGUGAGCAGAAGAUGCCGCGGUCCCUCGAACGCUUCUGUCCCACUUUUGUAUUUUCCUUGCAAUAAAACAAGGUCCCAGCACAA